AUGCUCCCGGCUCUGUGUCCUCGCUCGAUUGCAUUCGGGAGCAAAUCGGUAGCAUGCGGCAACGUCUUUAUUGUUUUAGGAUCGGCUAACAAGCACAAAUAUGUUGUUUGCUCGCAAGACACGGCCUUUCUUCAAGAGCUCAGUACACUUGGAGGUGUACCUACCAUUCACAUCUACAAAGGCGUUUUACAACUCGACCCCAUUUCCAGUGCUUCAAAAGCAUUGAAGGAAGAAAAAGAGGCGCAGAAAGAUAAGCUUACCAAGGCUGAAAGAAGGGAAAUCGCUACUUUGAUAAAUCAGCCAGACCCCACUGAUGUGCCCCAAAAAAGGGGCCCAAACCCACUUUCCGUCAAAAAAAGGAAAGCCUUGGUAGGAAGAAAUUCGGAGGCGUUACCAACGGCGGAACAACAGAGGCCAAUUCGCAAAAGAAAAAGAAAGCCCUCAACCAAGGAGGAUGUAUAA